UUGAAAUGUGAUCCAAUGUUCCUCGCGCGACUGUUUUGAUAAAAUUUCGUCAACCAAAUUCGUUCUUCAUGUUCGUUUAGAAAGUUGGCUAAUAAAAUUAUAGUGAAUCGAUCAGUCUGGUUGUGCUAAAAGUGAUCGUCUAAACUGUUAAACGUUGCCUUAAUUUUUGUGUUGUAAUUCGUCAUUUGUUUUGUUAGCUGGCCGUCUUUCUAGAACAAAGAAUUUGCAUGUGUUGUAAGCGUUGUGUUUUUCUGGAUUAUCUUGAUCAAUCAGAGUCACUUUAAAUAACACAACAACCGAAAUUAUGAAUUCCUUUUUACGAGGCUCCACCAAUUAUGUCUGGUGCACUACAAGUGUUCUGGGGAAAGGAGCCACGGGGGCUGUUUUCCAGGGAGUCAAUAAACAUAACGGGGAACCAGUGGCCGUCAAGACCUUCAACCAGCUUAGCCACAUGAGACCUCACGAUGUGCAGAUGCGAGAGUUCGAGGUGCUCCGUAAGGUCAAGCAUAAUAAUAUCGUAAAGCUGCUGGACAUUGAAGAUGAUCAAGAGGGACGGGGAAAGGUCAUCGUCAUGGAGCUAUGCACUGGGGGCAGCCUGUUCAACAUUUUAGAUGAUCCGGAGAAUACAUACGGCUUGCCACAGAGGGAGUUUCUGCUGGUUCUGGAGCACUUGUCCGCUGGAAUGAAGCAUUUGAGGGACAAUAACCUGGUCCAUCGAGAUUUGAAACCAGGAAACAUUAUGAAAUAUAUCUCGGAAGAUGGGCAAACAAUCUACAAAUUGACCGAUUUUGGGGCUGCCCGUGAACUGGAAGAAAACCAGCAAUUCGUAUCACUUUACGGUACCGAAGAGUAUCUGCAUCCGGAUAUGUACGAAAGAGCUGUGCUGAGGAAGUCCAUCAAUCGUAGUUUCACCGCUAAUGUCGAUCUCUGGUCGAUUGGUGUAACUCUUUAUCACGUGGCUACGGGAAAUCUUCCGUUUCGGCCAUAUGGUGGUCGUAAAAAUAAGGAAACCAUGCAUCAUAUUACCACAAAAAAGGCCCCCGGAGUUAUCUCAGGUACACAAACAAGCGAAAAUGGACCGAUUGAGUGGUCUCGGCAUCUGCCCCCUCACUGUCAACUGAAGGCAGGUUUGAAGUUCCUAGUCACCCCGCUGCUAGCGGGUUUGCUCGAGGAAAAUCAGAAACGCAUGUGGUCUUUCGACCGUUUCUUCUACGAAGUUCAGCACAUCCUUAAUAAGAAAGUGCUGCACAUUUUCUAUGCUAAUCGGGCCACCUCGAUUGAGGUGUACAUGGAUCCCGAGGAAACGUUCUUCAACUUGAAAGAGCAUAUUUUUGUGCAAACGGAAGUGCCCCACAGCUCGCAGCUAUUGCUGUUGGAGUCAGAACUGUUUGAAUUGAAAGUGGGUGCUAACAAUAGUGCACGCGGCUACCAAUCGACCGAAUCGGAAGCGCCGCUGAUGUUGUUCAACAUCGAGAACAACAACGUCACGCUUCCAACCGAGCUGGACUUGCCCAAGUUUCCUUCGUUCCCGAGCGGCGUUUCGGUCGAGAACGAUGCCAGUCUGGCCAAGGUGGGCUGCUCGGUGGGUCACGAAUGCAAACGGCGAGUGGAAACCUUCUCCUCGCUGGACACGUUGAUGAACAAGGCCGUGGAGCAGUUCGCGGGGCUACUGAAGAAUUUGCUGCUCAAACUGCUGGAUCGAGUCAAACACCUCGAGGACGUUGGCAAUUCAAUUUGGGAGAUUUCGGAGUUGGUGGAAGUAGCUGUUCUAAAUAACGAGGCGUACCAGGACAAGGCAUCGCAAAUUGCAACCGAUUUGAAUACCUUGAAAAGUGCGUUCCAAAAAAUUUCGGACCCGGUCCAGCAGCUGCACAAUCGCUUCGUUGCCGAGGAAUCGCUCAGCCGCGAGUGGAUCACAGCCUAUCGAGAUCUUCGCAGCCCGAACAAAAAUCGCGUUAACGAGAAGGCCAAAUAUCUGGUCGAGAGGCUGCGGGACUCCUGGCAACAUUUGCUACGGGACCGAGCAACCCGAUCGCUAACCUACAACGAUGAACAGUUUCACGCCCUGGAGAAAAUCAAAAUCACCGAAACCGGCAAAAGAAUCAAAACUCUGCUGAACGACGAUGUUCGCCCAGCAGUAGAAUUGGAAGCCGAAUGUUUGGCCGAUUGGUACAAAAAAGCUCAGACCAUCUUCCUGCAGACUCAGUUUCUGCACAAGGAUGUGACUUCACACGAGGAGACGUUGUUCGACAUCCGGGAUCGAUUGGUUCAGAUUAAGGAGGAUUUGAAGGAAGACAUCAAAAAUGAUGGGGAAGUGUCGAAGAUUGCUAAUGAAUCAACCAUGAAUGAGCAUAACAUCGAAUGCAUCAGAAAAACAAAAGAAAUGCAAAGUUAUCUGAGGACUAUGUACAACUAUAUGCGGGAUAUCAAAAAGACGGUUCAGCAAAACAACGAGCUAAUUGAAGUUUUCAAUAUGGAUCAACAUUCCGUUAAAAAUGAAGAAUCCACUUGAUUUCCAAAGUUCCGUAAUUAAUUCGAGUGAUAGUUUUUGUUCUUUUUAAAAACAAAACCAAUUUAUCUUAUACUACUCCUAUAAUAGUAUACAUUUACUAGAUAAUGUCUAUUAUCCACAUUGUAAGAUGUUUUUAUUUUCAUGACUCAAUAUACCCCCAGGAAAAGAUAAUUAAAAUAAUGUUUUAAUUUGAUCAAUCAACGAACACAGAGAAAGCUCGCCCAUUCCACAAGAAACUGAGGGAAAAAUUACAUCCGCCCCUCACUGCUGGGGGCACAUAACAUGGAAACAAAAUUACAGCAACCAACACGGCACCCGACGUCUGCAAAAACUUCCCCAUUCCAAGCAAAAAAAAGGAGACCAGGACAAAGACGGCGCUGUAGGACUCCAUCCAUUUGGAUCUUUUAACGAUGGUACAUAGACACCCCAAAAGUCCUUGAGGCAAAACGGAAGAAAAAUAAUUUACACACCCAAAAACCGACGGCUGGUAAGCUUCUUCUUUCAAUUCUUCACCCCAAACCCCAAAUAAGGCUUGGCUUCCAUGUUUUAUGGUCGCCCCUCCCGUAUUGUGGGGAGUACCGGAUAAAGGAAAUGGGUGCGGGAGUGAGCUACAAAACAAAAACGGCAACCCACCAACAUUGGCAACGAUCAAACAGUGGGCUCUUUCCUACCCCAACCCAAUCUACCGAUUCGGUUUGCGGUUCCGUCGAUUCCGUCAUUCGGGAGACGAGCGUUGAAAGCAUAUAGGAGAUUUUGCUGAUUUGUGCAGGAUCUGCGGGUGCUGGAUUAGUAGCUACCACCUCGGUGGGUGGUGGUGCGUUUUAUUAUGUGAGUCCAUCCCCCAAACUCCUCGCCGAACUCGCAGCAUGUUAUCACAGACACAGACGAUUUAGAGAUGGACGGCGGGAUACUUCCUGCACGUGGCUGCCCUGUUUGUUACCGGGAGUGCGCAAGCGUUCGGCUUGGGUUUUGUUGUUUGUGUGCUGGGGCCCGUGCCUCUCCGGCAAAGGAUGCCUCUUGCUGGUGCUAGUGUGACGGAAUCAGAUCCAUCCAUCCGUCUGCGAUUGCUGUUUUGAAAGAUGUAAUCAUUAAGCGCUGACAGAGAAUGAUUAGUCUGUUAUUGGCAAUUUCGAGUCAUCCGUGGAAGGCAUUUCGGCAGAACUUGAAAUCAUAUCCUUUGGAUGCUCAACGACAUUUGAAUACAAAUUUUAUCUUAAGCAAUGUUAGGAUUCGUCAUCUUAUUCAGUCAUAGAAUGUUUAAUUUUAAUUCGAACAUAUUAUAUUGUUGAUAUUAUGAUUACGAAUGACCUAAAUAAACAAAAUAGAAUAGAACAGAAUAUGAUUACCGUUUGAUAUAAAUUGAGUAGUUUUAGCUGCUGUAAAUUCAAUUGAAAAUGUAUACGCCUUUCUGUAUUUCUUUUGCUUAAGAGUGAGUUUUCCAAAACAGUUGUCAAUUUUCAACCACUCGAUUUUUUUUAUUUUUCAUACAAAUAAUUUAAUUAAAAAAAAAACUUUUUCAUUCCUGACCAAUAAUGUAGCCAAAGAAAUAUAAGAGCAUUAUAGCUACUUUCGAGAAAACACGCUUUAAAGUUUUCGUGUUCAGCGAUUUUUCAUACAUUUUUCGAAAUUUUGUAGUUUUUGAUCGAAAAAAAACACUCACUCAUUUUUAUCAUGUUUCAAAAUUAAGUACAGAUCUAAUACUUAUUGAAAAUGGAACAAACCUAUACUUAUACAAAACCUUAGGAAAUAGUAUUAAAUAUUAAGGUGUUUCUAAUAUUUUGUUGAUAAUGUGGCGUUUUACAAGGGAAUAAUGGAUUUUUUUAAAUU